AUGACAGGUUACUCGGAUGCUGCUGUUUUUACAUUAGAAAACAGAUGCAAGAACACAAUAUGGCCCGGGAUCCAACCCGGAGCUGGAAAACCACAACUAAUGGGUGGUGGGUUGCAGCUAGCGCCCGGUGAAUCUGUAAACAUCACUUCCCCUAAAGGCUGGUCGGGCAGGUUUUGGGGUCGUCGUUGGUGCUCCUUUGACGACUUGGGAAAGGGAACGUGCCUCACAGGUGAUUGUGGCGGCGCGCUAAAAUGCGCUGGGGCGGGCGGGGCUCCACCCGCCACACUAGCUGAGUUUACCCUAGACAGUCCCUUUGAUUUCUAUGAUGUCAGCCUUGUUGAUGGCUACAACAUGCCUGUGUCCAUAACCCCUCACGGCGGUUCGGGGUCUAGUUCCAACUCUUGCAAGGCGGUCCGAUGCGUUUCAGACUUAAACCGGGGGUGCCCUGAUGGGCUACAGGUGAGGACUAAGAGUGGACGUGUUGUCGCGUGCAUGAGUGCAUGCAUGGCGUUCAAUCAGCCAGAGUAUUGUUGCACAGGAGAAUAUGGGAGCCCUCAAACCUGCAAACCAACUAACUAUUCAAGAGCUUUCAAGGAUGCUUGCCCAACCUCUUAUAGUUAUGCCUAUGAUGAUCCCACUAGUACUUUUACUUGCCAUGGGGCUAAUUACUUGAUUAGGUUUUGUUGA